UUUAAUUUCUCAAAACCAUGCAAACAAAUUAUUGCAGUACAUUUAUCUUUUAUGAGGCAUUCUGUAUUCAGUCAUCACAUAAUAUAUGCAUGUUUCCUCACUCUGCAGAGAAAAAGCAUUUCUUUUAAAUUUAGCAUACCUUCUUUCUUUUGUUUUUAGUUCGAAAAGCUGCAAGUUAUAAUUAUUCUGCCGCUGUUUUUCCUCAGUUUAUAUACUUUCUUUUCCGAGUGUUUUUUUCUGAGGGAAAGGUGUUGGGAUGGUAAAACAUAUUUGACAAAAUGUUUGGACCUAUUGAGACAGCAACUCACAACCCUCCUACCCUGACCCAGGAGACCCACCUUGACACUGAGCUAACAAAACAAGUAAUGAUUAAUGCGCAUGCCAAAUCAACGAAUGCAAAACACUACGAAACAGAUAAGUAGUGUUCUGACUGCCAGAACUAUCAUAGAGUGUAAUAUACAAUAUAGCCUACAAUAAUAAUGAAAGAGCCAAGAGCAGUAGAGCAGUCGCCAGACAGCACAAGAGCGCGAACGAAGACAAAAUACUUGAUAUAUGUGCUGCUGAUGGAAUGGACUCACCACAGUUUGAUGAUGAUGCAAUGCCCUCUGAUGAGGAAUGGGCAAUGCCUCUUCAGGAUGUUCCUACUCCAAAGAAAGAACACAACCGUGUUGUCAUUCAUUUUGACAUAGAUUGCUUCUAUGCUCAAGUUGAAAUGAUUCGUAAUCCAGAGUUAAGGUCGAAACCAUUGGGCAUUCAGCAAAAGAACAUUGUGGUGACCUCCAAUUACAUUGCAAGGGAAAAGGGUGUGACUAAACUCAUGUACCUGACUGAUGCAAAAAAAAAGUGCUCAGAUUUGGUUCUUGUCAGCGGAGAAGACUUGACAAACUAUAGGCACAUGUCAUACCAGAUUUCAGAAUUCUUGCAGAAGUACAGCCCAAUUGUAGAACGCUUAGGUUUUGAUGAGAAUUUUGUCGAUGUGACGGAAAUAGUGGACCAUCGCUUUAUCCAUGGAGAGUGCAAGGAGCAGUUUGUGGGCCAUACCUAUAUGAAUGAAGAUUCUUCUCAACAAACUACCUGUACUUGUGGAUGUAAACUGAGGCUACAGAUUGGUUCCCAAAUUGCUGCUGAUAUGAGAGAAGCUCUACACAAAGAGAUGGGUAUAACAUGCUGUGCUGGGGUGGCUCACAAUAAGCUAUUGGCCAAACUGGUAGCCGGAACACACAAGCCCAAUCAACAAACAUCAGUUCUUCCUCAUCAGUCUCUUAGCUUAGUGUCGCAGCUGCCCUCAGCACGGUCCAUUCCAGGUAUAGGGUCGAAGUCAAAUCGGCGUCUGCAAGCAAUGGGAAUUAGUUCUGUGCGAGAUCUGCAGGCUGCUGAGAUGAGCCUGCUUGAAGGGGAGUUCGGCUCUGCCACUGCUAAGCUGCUGAGAGAACUCAGCUUUGGCAUCGAUGACUCACCAGUGACCACUUUUAGUCUGCCUCAGACUUUGAGCGACGAAGACUCCUUCAAAUGUUGCAGUGAAUACUCUGAUGCAGAAAAGCGGAUCAAAGAUCUUCUUCUUAGCCUUCUACAAAGAGUUGUAGAAGAUGGAAGGAUCCCCCAGACAAUUCGCCUCACAGUUAGACGAGUGAAGAAUAAUUACCACAGAGAGAGUAGACAGUGUCCUGUUCAAGCCAGUAUUUUCAAAAAGUGCCAGAAGAAAGGAUGCCUGGAGACUGCAUGCAGAAGCCUGAUGCCCAUCCUAAUGAAUUUGUUUUGUAAAAUGGUGGAUGCCUCGAAACAUUUUCAUUUGACCCUGAUCAACAUUUGCUUUGCUAAAAUGGGAGAAGCCAGUAACUGUCAGGGGAAAAUCAGCUCUUUCUUCUCCAGCAAUGAUGACUACACCAGUGAAAAGGUAGAAAUUAAAGUUUCAGGUGCUGUGAGUCCCACAAAGACUUCAGAUUUAAAGUUGGAUGAGAGUUCAGUUAAUACCUGUGGCAAAGAUGAAGAUUGUGUGAUAAAUGAAUGCUCACCAAAAGAUAUUCCUCAAAGUUUAUCCUCAUCCAGAAAAAAUGCAGACAAUAGAAUUGGACAAGUGGCUAGCACUUGUGAGUCUGUUGACAAGGAUGACAAUGAAGCUAGAGCUAUCCGUUCUGUCAAAGAAAUGGAUGUAAGAAUGUGCAAGGUUAUUCAAAAGUCUCCUGAGAACAACACAGCAAUGUGCAAAGUUACUCAAAAAUCUGCUGAGUAUAGCACAGCAGUGUGCAAGGUUACUCAAAAAUCUGCUGCUGAGUAUAACAUGGCAAUGCCACAAUCAGUGGACACAGACAUUCCCUCAGCAGUAACCAAUUUACAGGAACUUCUUCCCUCUGGAAUUGACUCUGAGAUGGUGCUUGAGCUGCCGAAUGGUGUCCAGCAAAGUGUACUAGCAGACUACGGCAUCAUGGUAGAACAACUUCCUGAAGGCAAACGUUUUGUGCUUAUGUCAAGCAGAGUCUCAACCAGAUCCACUGGCAACACUGGAAAAAGUACAAGGGUUAAGAAACGUUUGUAUCCCAGAGACAGUUUAUGUGGGCAGAGUAGGUCCACGUCUACCACCAGCAGUGCGAGUGUUGCUGAAGCAAAAGGUGCCAAAUUCAAGAAGGUUACUUUAGAUCAAUUAAAGGAAGAAAAAGAGGCCUGUGAUAGCAGACAUGCAAAACCAUCUGAAUUGUUGAAAGAAUCAAGAAGCCCAAAACCAGAACAAGGUACUGAGACAAAUAAUACUUCAAGUGUUCAUUCCAAUGAGUCUUCUCAAUCUCUAGAGAUCAGAAACAAAAAAGGGAGGACACCUUUUAAUUCUGAAAGUGAAGAGGUUAUUGAGGAUAAGACUUACAAUAAGGAAGCUGCUCGUGAGUCACCAAAGAUGUUUUCAGGGCUAUUCCCAAGAACAGCAGUUGGUGAAACCAUGACUGAAAAGACAGAAAUAAAUAGAGCGAAUGAAAAUGUACAUGUGCCAAAUGAGCCAGAAAUUAGCUUGCUCAGUCCGUCCAUGAUUAGUGAUCAGAAGACAGUUACUCAGUCUAAAGUGCCACAGUUACAGGCAGCUAGAUCAUAUUCUAUUCCUGCAGUCUCAAGUAGUAGUUCAAUUGGAGAGCUAAGUUCACCUCCAAAACUGUGUCCAUCAUCAAAGUCUCACUUCCGACUGCCUGACCACAUAGAUCCAGACGUUUUUUCUGCUUUGCCCAGCAACAUCCAAGGGGAGAUCAUGGCGCAUGUUGUCAUGGGCAACAGUCCACCUCGUUCUGUUAGCUCUGAUGCAAACAAGUCCUUAAUGGAGCAGAAAGACUCAAAGUCCACUGAGAAAAUAAAAUGUAAGAGUCAAAAUACUCUCUUGACAUAUUUCAAAAAGAAAUGAUGUGAUGCUCAGUGACAGUUUCUUUAUCUCUCUCUAUCAGUGAUGAUAUCAGAAUGCCCCCUCCCUUCAAUGUCCCCACUUAUUGUUUCUAGUACUUUUGCUUACCAUUACUCCUCAGUACCCAGUCAGUAAACUUGGUCUGUACAUGAUACUUAUAAUUUCAUAUAUAUAGUAUAACACAGACAUAUCGAAUUCGUCGGGACUGGCCUGGGUAGUUCGAGGGAUAUCUUUCAAAGAUAAAGAAUUUUGAAAUAGCGGGACCGCAAGCAUAGUUCGAUGGAUGCGUGAUUUUGAGUCUUCCGUGUUCGACUUAUGUGUUAUACUGUAUAAAAAUUAUAUAUAUAUAUAUA